AGAUUCUCUAGCGCCAAAGUCAAAAGGCUGUUUUUUGAAAUACGUGCCCGUGUGACCUAGCGAGUGCACAGUAAUAUACCGUGUGGACAGUUCGGUUUCUGAUUAUUUGGGAUACAGUCGUGUCUUCUGAGGUUCUUGCAGCACCACAGGGCCAAGGCAGAAAAUCAUGGAGUCCCACCCAGCCAAAAAGAAAACUGUUCCUUUAGAGAACAAAGCAAUGGAACCCGUGGGCACUAAAAGGAACAACAAAGAGAACACAAAACCAGCAAAUGGACACAGCGCGUCUGUGACUAACAAAGAGCAGAAAGAAACGAUUUGUUCCUCUGCCCCUCUGAAAUCAAAAAAUUGUGAGAAUUUGGGCAAGCUGGGAGACGAGCUAAAGAAGCCCAAGACGCAGGAGGUGAAGAUGCGACCUUCGGGGAAAGGGGACGCUGUAAAGAAGCGACAGACUCACAGCCAGGCCUUUCUGUCCCAGCACAAUACCCAGCCGAGGAAGCUAGUGGCAGAGGUGGCUAAGCCCCCAGCCUCUGUGCCACCCAAACCCCUUCCUGGUACCUACAAAGGCAAGGUUAUCCAGUCCAAAGUCAGCUCUUUCAGGAAGCCAACAGGGGGCAGCGGAGAGGCCGAACCAGCAGGUGCCCUGACCAAGCCGGCUAAGCCAAAUGCUGGUAAUAAGCCCCAGGCUGUGAUGGGACUACGAAGGAAACCCCCUCUUCCAGUACCCAAACGUUCUACACUGAAGUCCUCAGCAGCUCAGAACUCCAGGUCCAAGUCUGUGUCCAGUGGUGCUGUUGCACCUACAGGCAAACGGGCCCCGAAUGCGACUGCCCCGAGGGAAACCAGCUCAAGGUCUCGGCUAUACUCUGCUCCUGGCCAGCUGGCCAAGAGCCGUGUGUUGGUUCCCCCAGCCAGACCAAUGUCGGGGCCGGAAUCCGCAGGCCGCUUUGGCUCCGCCAAGUCCACUGUAACCUUGAAGAGGAAGGAGAUGCAGCAGGUCAGCAAGCCCAAGGCAGCGGUAGAUAACCCGAAAGCCCGUAUCCCUUCAGUUACCAGCAGUUUCAGCCAGUACAGGAUUACUGUGGAGACCGCAGAGGAACGAAAAGUAAAGCUGGCUGAGUGGCUUACAUCCAAUGGAAAAACUCUAAAAAGGCCACCGGCUGCAUCAGCUCUGUCACGGACCAUUUCAAGACCAGCUCCAUCAAAACCAUUACCAAAACUAGAAGCAGUCACAAACGCCAGGCCCAGUUGUGAAACGGAACCUGUCACUGAACAGGAAUCCGGUCCAGAAGUUCAGCUGGUAGAACAGGCAAAAUCCAGCCCUGAACUAAAUGCUAAGCCUGAGUCUGCUCGUAAAGGAGUACCUGAGACUGCUCCCCAUGCCAGCUCUGACAUCAUGAACACCACUCUGGACUUGCUGGAGAACUCCGAAAUGGACCUGCCAGUGGAUCCUGAGAUCAGAAUGGAUAACGUGGUUGUUAAUCUUUGCAAUGCCAUGGAAGCUAUGCAGGCUCCCUCAAAUUGUGAGAAUGGUGCACAGGCCGAAGGAGACGAUGAUGGAGGGAUUUUGGAGGAGAAUCGGAUGGAAACGUUGGCAGAAAUGAGUAAAGAGGAGGAUGAUUUGAAACAUGAGAUGCAUGGAAUUAAGGAAGUGAAGGACGGAGAAGCUGAAGGAAAAUUCUCGGCGAAGAAAGGGGUAAAAAUGGAGUGUGCAGACGAGAUGGACGGCGAUGAAGAAGACCACGCUGAAACUCCAUCAAAGGAGGCCGAAGGAGCAUCGGUGGUGAGAUACAGUGUGAAGACCACACCCUACCUGCAGAGUGUGAAGCAGAGGAUCCAGAGCGAGGCAGCCCCCCCGGGCAGCGGGGGGAGGCGCCAGAGCGCCAUUAAAGACCUGAAGUUCCUGACACCGGUGCGCCGUUCCCUCCGGAUCCAGCGGGAGUCAAGCCGGCUGCCGGGAAUGCUGAUGGACCACGACCCAUGCGUCUCCUCGCUGGCUGAGCUGGUCAAACUGGACGACGACGCCAACGCCUAUAUCUACAGGAAGAACCCCGCCCUGCUGGAGGAGCUGCCCGACCAGUCAGAGGACCUGGAGAGGUUCUGAUGGUAUCUGUUUGUUUGUUUGUUUUUUGUUCGUUUGUUUUUGUUUGUUCCCUUUUAUUGUUUGUUUGUGAGACUCUAGAAGUGAUGUGAAGACCUUAUGCAUGACACAAAAUGGCACUUUGCUGAAAUGUUAAAAAAACAAUGAAUACUUAAUCAUAACAUGGUGUACAGAUUGGAUGUUGUCAGUAUUCAUGCUCCGUGCCGCGUGUGUGUGUGACGUACAGGUAAUUCAUGAAGUAUAAUACUCUAACACAAACGCUGACAUAAUUGUGUCAUAGUUUUUAACUGGACAACUAACCACCUAUGCUAUAGUUAAAUGGUUCCUUCUGAAUAAGCAGUGAAUCCUCAAAAUAUUUGUAGAACCCAUGAGUGGAAUCCUUUUUUUUUUUUAAUGGCCCUCAAGCUGAAUUUCUCAACAUUCAGCAUUUUAAAUAUAGGUAGGUCUCUCUGUCCAGAUGUUUAUAUUCACUAAUGGCAUGCAUCUUGUUUUGCGGUCUAAUUGAUGGAAUGUAUAAUCUUACUUAUUUGGAAAAUGGGGGGUUUUGCACUUUUGCUUUUUGAAAGUGCAAAAUGUUACAUUUGAUGCAUCUUCAGUCAUUUCUGCUCCAUUCAUGCCUGUGUUCCUGUCUAUUAUUUUCUGUUGAAGUUGUGUUUUUGCUGUUUUUUUGGUUCUUUUUCAUUAAGCAACAUAUCAAAGCUAAGCUAAUGGUUGGGGAUGUGUGUAUGCCAGUGAAGGGUAGUCCCCCCCCUCUUCUGUCGAAGGAUGUCAAGAUAAUUUUGAUCUAUUUUGCACGCAAGUGCAUUCAAUUCAGCAUAUUGACACACAAAAAAAAGAAAAUUAUCAAGGAACCUGUCAACCGUAAGGUACAAUGAUGCACUAAUAAAAUGUUUAACCCAG